AUGCAGACCUAUAACGAUGCCUCAAAGGAAAAGGACAAAAAUAAACCCUCGAAUACAAAACCAACCAAUGCCAUUCAACCCACGACGAACAAGACAAACUACGUGGAGAUAUUGACAAUAGAGCCUAAUACCACAACGAGCAACAACACGUCGCCACACAACAUAAUAGCGGUGCUAAAACAUUUGAUGCCAAUGUUAAACAGUUCAUCCAACAAAGAGCUCCACAGCGUCACUAUAAUAGAAAGAAACCAAAGCAAGAACCAUUCAGUGUCUGAGACGAAGAAUGUCUCGACGUUAGUCGUUAAAUAUUGCGACAAAGACAAUCUGACCGCGGAGAGUUUGACUAAAGAUGUAAAUAGUCAUCACUUGAAUAUGAAUAUGACGGAAGGUGACGACGCCAUCGAUGAUUAUGUAGAGACAAACAAAGAGCUGCCAAUUGUUGAUCAGGAUAACCUAGAAUCUGACUAUAUAGACAAAGAGGGCUCUGAUUAUGAUGAUAAGCACACCGCAACCGAAAUCAAUUCAACAAUUAAUGGGGACAAAGACGUUUUAGAAGCAGCUGAGUACGGGAUGCAGAAGAUGCACGAACUGUAUAGCGUAUUAGAACCGAAGUUGUACUCCAUGGGUCUCUGGUUAGACGAUACCAACCCAGCACGCUACGUGGCUGCCUUCAACGCCCCUUCUGAAGACGUGUCGAGGUUCUCAAGAUAUGGCUACGCCACUAUACAGGCCGCCACGAAACUGAAAGAAUUGAACAAG